AUGUCUCAAACAAUCACCUUACAAAACGCUUCCAAGCCCUCAACCCUAUCAGUUGAUGAACAAAUCGAAAAUAUUAUUAAGAAGCAGCUGAAAACUGCUUACAUUCAUAACAAAUCUGCUGUUUCAAAAGACGUUCCUUCUGGUGGAGAUUUAGAAGGUCUUAAGGCUCUACCUGAGUCUGCCAUUAAAAGAUUCAAAGAUGCUGGUAUUGAUCUAUCAAGAGGCUAUCCACAAGUCCCAGAUAAAGAAAAAGUGCCGGUUUUUCUUGAUGAAGCUAUUCAAAUUAGAAAUAAAGAAUUUCCAUACAUUGAAAGAGCUGCAAAUGCUGACCCAGAAAAGAAAGCUUUGUUUGGUGCUGCCGAGAAAGUUAUUAAUCUUACUCAAAAAAUUGGUACCGAAAUUGUUGGAUUGCAAUUAUCUGAUUUAACUGAUCAGCAAAAAGAUGAAUUGGCUUUAUUGAUCACUGAAAGAGUUGUUGUUUUCUUCAGAGAUCAAAAACUAUCUCCUCAAAAGCAAUUGGAAUUAGGACACUAUUGGGGUCAAGUUGAGGUUCACGCUCAAGCUGCAAGAGUUCCAGAUUUGGAUGGUGUUACUGUUAUCUGGCCAAAUUACAAAAGUGGUCAUUUGACUUUUAAAAAUAACAAUUUUGGUAACUUUGAUAGAAAAUUUACUGGCUAUGGUAAUAGAACAUGGCAUGCUGAUUUAGUUCACGAAUUCCAACCAGCCGGUAUUACCCAUUUGCAUAAUGAUUCCAUUCCAGAUCUUGGUGGUGAUACUAUUUGGUCUUCAACUUAUGCAGCCUAUGAUAAACUAUCUCCUGCUUUACAAGAGUUUUUGGAUGGGAAAGAAGCUGUGUUUGUCUCAGCUCAUGGUUACCUUGAUAGAAAUGAUCCAUUUAGUGGUCCUAAAAAUAUUGAAAGAAGACAUCCUAUUGUUAGAACUCAUCCUGCAACCGGCUGGAAAUUCUUAUUUGUUAAUAGAAGUAUGACAAAGAGCAUUGUUGGUUUAGAACCACCAGAAUCUGAUCUUAUUUUGAAUUAUUUAUUCAGUGUUAUUGAAAAAAAUGCUGAUAUACAAGUCAGAUUCAAUUGGAAACCAACAAAACCAGGUUAUGGUACUUCUGCUAUUUGGGACAACAGAAUAUCCAAUCAUAGCACAGUGUGGGAUUAUGAAGGUUUGGAACCAAGACAUGGAACUAGAGUUACCUCGUUGGCUGAAGUUCCAUUUUUUGAUCCAAAAUCUAAAUCCCAAAGAGAAGCUUUAGGUUUAUCUUUAAAUUAG